AACCCAUUUAGAAAUUAGUAUUUUGGUUUAUAAUCUUCGAAAUGUAAUUUGGUUUUUAACAGACUGGAGUGUUGUGUAAUCGUGGUAGAUUCUUCUUUCAAUUAAGAGACAUUGAUUAGGUUAAAAACCAUGCAUCCAAGCAAUAAGCCCCGGAAAGAGUGUGAAACCCCCGAAGGUGGCUGGGGCUAUUUUGUUUGCUUGGGGAUGAUUAUGAUUUUCGUGUUUGUUCAUGGCGUGAUCCAUUGCUUUGGAUUGGUAUUUAAUGACUUCCUUAAGGAGACAGGCGCAGGGACUGGCAUAUUUCCGGUUUUGAACAGCUGCACUUAUGGAGCAAUCAGUGUGGCUGGACUUUCCUUCCAUUCUCUAACUCAUAAAUUUUCGAAACGUGUGGUGGGUUUGAUUGGAGCAACUUGUUAUUGUAUUGGUGGAUUUUUUCAACUUUUUGCCACGUCUAUUGCCCCACUUUUUGUGGCCUUCAUUUUAAAUGGGGCAUCCCUUGGGCUUAUGAUGCCAGCAAUCCUAUCUACCUUUAACAGCUACUUCAUGAAACGCCGUGUAAUGAUGAUGAGCAUAACUCAAGCGAUUAUAGGACUGGGGCAAAUGGCUGUUCCGAUUGUAGUGCAAUAUUUUUUAGAAAAUUUCGGCUUUCGAGGUUGUCUUCUAAUAUUAGCAGGACUGAAUUUCCAUUGCAUCAUUGCAAUGCUACUUAUGCAUCCAGUCGAGUGGCAUGCGAAAAAGCGCUUCGCAGAAGAAGAAUGCCUAAGUAAGGAUUCCCCAGCUCCAAAGGACGAAGAAUCUCAACCACUGAAACCUCUGACAACUAAUAUGGAAAACAUUACCAGGCGGAUCUUACCAUCAGCGCCUGAAGAAGGAGCUCCUAGCAAUGAACAUUUUACUGCUUUAAAAGAACCUUCGAAACCAUUUGGAAUUUGGGAACGCAUUAUCGAAUUCCUGGAUUUAACACUUCUGAAGCAGCCGGUGUAUGUGAACAUUGUUUUGGGAGUGACGAUUUCAUUUUAUUCAGAUCUCUCCUUCUUUGUUUUUCAGCCUCUGUAUCUACUUGAAUUGGACUAUUCAAAGGCAGAUGCAGCUCAAAUUAUGGCUAUAGGAUCUGGAGCCGAUUUGGUAUCGAGGUGUAUCCUAGCUGUUGCAAGUGCGAUGUGCACAAUUCAUCCGAGAUAUACUUUCCUGGCUGGAGUUGUUCUAAGUCUGGUAGCACGAUACGUUUUCGUUCACGCCAUUGAUUUUUGGAGUGUAGCUAUUCUAACAGCAAUAAUUGGAUUUUUCAAAACUUGGAUACAUGUUCCGAUGCCACUGGUCUUUGCAGAUUAUUUAUCGAAAGAAAGGUUCCCUUCUGGAUAUGGACUUUUCCUAUUUUUGAAAGGGAUGAUUAGUUUUGGUAUUGGCCCAGUUGUCAGAUACAUCCGGGAUGCUGCGAAUAGCUACAUAGUCGUAUUUCAGUUUCUUAACGUACUUCUUGCCACUGUUGGCAUUUCGUGGUUUGCUGAAAUUGUUUGGAGGAAAUGUAAAGGAAGGAGAAAACACGAUGAUAAGUCACUGGAAAAUGAAGAAAUGUCACCUUAAAUUUUGAAAUAAAUUGGAAAAGUAAUUUU